UUAAUACUGGACCGGUUGUCAAAUAUACGUUACUGAACCUUGCCAGUGCUACCAGCCAGAGAAACCAUAUUUGCAAAUAUUUUUAAGAUUAUAUAUAAAAUUAUAAGACAACAUAUAAACUUCAGCAGAGUGUUCUUCAUUCAGAAACAGAGAUUUUGUGGGUCCUAAAAUAUUGAGAUUUUCAGAAUGAAACAGUGAUUUCUUCUUCAUAAUCUCUUUGACUAGGAGUGACUUUGGUUGAUGCUGAAUCUAUUAUCAUGGGGACAGAGAAAAAAAGAGUUAGAUUUGAAGAUGAAGUGGAGGAACUCGCAGACAGAAGAAGGAGUAGUAGAAUUAUUGCUUUGGAAGAAAAGAAACGACAAGAAAAAGAGAGGAAGCGACAAGAAAAAGAGAGGAAGCGACGUGAAAAAGAGAGAAAGUUAGCAUUAGCAUUGGAAAAAAAGAAAAACUCAACUAACCAUAAUGACAAUAAAGACAAAGAAAAAGGCAAGGCAAUACUAAUUGAAGAUGAGGAUCACUUGAAUGAUUUUGAUGAGGAUGAGAAACAUGCUUCAACUAAGAAGAGAUUCACCAAAAGAGCAUUUUAUCAAUUCAUCUCUUCAUUCAAGGCGUUGCAAGAAGGAAGACAUGCUCACAAUAAUGAAAGUACUUCGAUAAAUGCCUCAUCUCAAAAUAAUGGGCCAGACAAGCACGUCUUGGAAAGUGUCCUUGAUUUCUUACAAAGGAAAGACUCAGAUGACCUGUUUGGAGAGCCAACUAAUCCUGAUAUGGUUAAAGAUUACCAUAUAAUUGUAAAGGAGCCAAUGGAUUUUGGAACUAUGAGAGCUAAAGUUCAUGAAGGCAUGUAUACAACACUUGAACAAUUCAAGUAUGAUGUGUUUCUACUAUGCUUCAAUGCUAUAAAUGCUUAUCCUGAUACCUCGAGAUAUCACAAAGUGGCUGAAACUAUUGGUUGUCAUGCUGUAAAGAUUUUUGAGGAUCUAAAUGCUGACCCUGAAAAUUUCAAAUUGGAGUUAUCCUUCAACAAGAAACGCCAAACUAAAAAGCCACUUGAGAGGAAACCAAGGGUUUCUACUAAAGUUGUUGGGAGAAGUAACAAUACUAAUCUUUCUAAGGUUCCUAAAACAGAAAAGAGGUUCACGUAUCAGCUUCCAUGUAACAAGUCAUUGAUUACAGAAUUCCAAAAUGCAAAUAAGCCCAACUUUGAAUUGAAAAUAGAUCCUAGUAAUUACAAAGAGAGUAUACUGCGAUUUGUGAAGGAUUGUGGACCAAUAGCCCAAAAGGUUGCUGCUCAAAAAAUAGAAACUUUACAGUCUCUACAACUUCAAAAUGGAAACACUUCAACUUCAAAUAUUGUAAAAAACAUUUCAGACUCUCAGCUUACUCCACAACCAACCACACUCAAUAGUACUGGUCAGAUGCUUCCUCCUACCUUUCCCUUUUUCAAUAAGCCAUUAACUAUUCAUCAUACUCAAACUCAACAAAAAACAAAUGUUAUCAGCAAUGCUGCUAACAAAGAUAAAACAAAGUUCUUUAAUGAAAACUAUGAGGAUUUUGCAGCUGCUUUUUUGUACAUGUCUGUUUAUGAUAAUGAUGAAAAGGGAAAAUAUCAUGUUGAAUCAGAGAUCUCUAAUGCAGACAUGGUUUCCAAACUUGCCAAUGUGUUGAACAACAUUAAACAACAGAAAAUUUAUGCUUCAAAACAAAAGAUGCCAAUUUUUGGAAGUUCUAGCAGCAAUGUUCCCAUCAUUGUCCAUCCAUCACGUGUGAUUUCAGGGCCUCAAACAAAACCAUUGGACUUCUCAAUGACACAAUUCAUUUCUCAAUCAAGACCAACAAACUCUAUGUCCUUUCUUGGUGAUCAUUCAUAUUCUAAACAAUCUCCAAUAUUGUGUCACUCAAGGCCAAUCAACAACACUACUUCAAACAUUAAUGUUUCCUCAAGUAAAUCUCUUUUGCAUUCAGAACCAAUGUUUCCUAGAGAAAUGGAAGCUUCUCUGCUUUGUUUAGGAACUCCAUAUCAACCUGGGGACUUUCAAGCUAUAAUGAGUUCACAAGAAUUUAACAAAAGCUAUAAUCAAAAUCAGGUAAUAAGCAAGAUGAAUCCUCUAGAAUUACUUUCUCUACAAGGACCAAGCUCAUCAAAAACUCUUGAAGUGGACUUAAGAAGGGAAAUGAAUUACAAUGGAGGAGGUGAUGCUCUUGUUACCAAACACAAAAAGGAUAAUUCACAACUUUCAGAUGAUGAUGAUCGACAACCUAUCUUAACUCUUAAACUUUUUUGAGAAAAUGAACAAGCUAAAAGUCUUGUGGUUUUAUUGAACUAUUCAUGUUACUUUAAAGUUUGGAACUAUUCAUGUUAGUUUAUUCCCUUAGAGUGGACAAACUUAAGAUAUUUCUAGUUUGAAAGCAUUUAUGUUUGUGUGGUCAAAUUCUUCUAAAAUUUUCUUUUGAAUUUGGUCAAAAGGUGUCUAUAUAUCUUAUGUGGUUUAAUAGGACAAAUAGUGGAUCUCCUAAUUAUUAUUUUUAUCUUAUGUCCUAUUUUCCUAUAUGUAAAUAACAUUUAGAG